UUAAAAAGAGAAAGAAAAAGAGCAACUAGCAAUAAGCAACAUCAUCUCCAAGCAAAGCUGAAAUGACCAAAACCAAAAGGAAGAAGAAUGCCUCCGAAGAUCCAACGGAGAAUCCGAUUUCCAUGUCACCACCGCCACCAUCGUCACCACAACGGCCAUCGGAUCCGCCCAAGAAAAUCAUCAUCAUCAAUGCUGACAUGGGUCGUGACAUGCAAUGGGAGGCCUUUGAUAUAUCCGUCACCGUGUUUGAACACUUCAGUGAGGAUAGAACUAUCGCUGAGGAGAUAAAGAGUGAAUUUGAUAGAAUAUAUGGUCCCACUUGGCAUUGCAUUGUUGGUCGCAAUUUCGGGUCAUUUGUAACUCAUAAACCAAACCACUUCGUCUAUUUCUAUUUGGAGCGGAAAGCGGUUUUACUUUUUAAAUAUGGCUAGCCAGUCAUAUAUGUCUUGUGUGAUUUCACAUUUGAUGCAUUGUAAAUAAGUAAACUUGCUAGUUCUCAUGAAUAUUUUCACACCAUCAAGGCUAGGUAGGUCCUAUCAAAAAGAUAUCAAUUCAUGAUGGAAAAAUAAAUUGAUAUGGUUGGAAAGUGAGAUAUUUGUAGUAUCAGUUUCAUUUUGGAAUUUUAAUUUUUUGGGCUUAAAGAAUACAAGAGUCUAUUCCUAUGUCAUGAUAAUGAAAAGAAAAUU